ACGGGCAAAAUUUCAGUUAAAAUCGACUUUGUGUUAGAACGUGAUAUUAAUGUAUAAUUUCAAUGAUUUUCUUAUUUGAAGUUCCCAACCUGACUGCUGGAUGAUAUAUCGACUAGCCCCGCCGUUAAGAGGUUAAAUAAUUUCCACUAAAUGCACGAAAUAUUCGUGACGACCUGUCGGUCCGCGAUCGAUCACGGGAUGGCGGUUUAGUGUGGCGAAUCAAUUUUGUUCACUCCAACUAGCCAGCCUGUCAAACCCGUCGAUUUUAUCUUGCAGCAGCUGUCUGUGCAGCUGAUGUAUACCGCGGUGUUUGUAGCAUAUAGAGAGUAAGCACAGCUGCCAUAAAUAGCUGUCACUUUGCCGUACGUACUUCUUUUUGACCGACUGAAACGUCACUCGUUGCAAUUUGCCGGAAGAAAGUAAAACUCACAUUUAGGAAAAUAUUUGCACCCGGAAAAUUAUGAUUCAUCUUAAUGAAUAUUUUUACUUCAAAUCACUCUGCUACUGAUAAUUAUUCAAUGUGAGAACGGAAAAUCAUCCGGCAAUUCGGUUAUUUAGUUUUUCCGAGGUACUUAUUUUUGGUUAGUGACAGUUCGGAGUCACGUUCAUUCCGUCGGUAAUUCAGUCACCUACUUUCGCCCUGCGUUUCAUAACUGUAUGUUCUUUAUUGGUUAUGUUUUUCAGUCACAACUCACAUCUGACGUUCAGUUUCGUUUGCACUUUAUCUCCGUAGUGAUAAUCUAAAUUCAAACGUGGAAUCAAAUAAACAAACUACAGUGUGAAUACUUUCAUUCCCUGGGGGCGAUGGGAGAACGAAAUGAUCGAAGUUCACCUCCAAAGAGAUCCCGAAGGAGCGCCAAAGAACACAGCGAUUCCGAAUCGGACGAUGAUUACCAGCCUUAUAUUCCUGUAAAAGAGCGCAAGAAGCAGCAGCUUAUGAAACUUGGUAGGCUCGGCCAACUUAAGGAGGAAGGAUCAAACGGUUUAGCUGGAAAAAGUAGCAGUGAGAAUGAAAAAGAUGACGGGGAAGACGACGACGGGCAAGUCUGGGGCAGAAAGUUCAACAUAUCUUUACUUGAUCAACAUACGGAGCUCAAGAAAUUGGCAGAGGCAAAAAAGGAAAGCGCCAUGGAGAGGCAGCUGAAGGAGGAGGAAAAAAUCUUGGAGAGUGUGGCUGAGAACAAGGCUUUGAUGGGUGUUGCUGAGUUAGCCAAGGGAAUUCAAUACGACGAUCCGAUCAAGACGAGUUGGCGUCUUCCAAGGACAGUUCUCGGUUUCGAUGAAGCUCGCCACGAGAGAGUCAGAAGAAAACUGAGGAUCCUCGUCGAGGGUGAAGACGUACCACCGCCGCUAAAGAGCUUCAAGGAAAUGAAAUUUCACAGGGGAAUUCUGAACGGUCUUGAAGCCAAAGGCAUCAGCAAACCUACGCCCAUUCAAGUACAGGGGAUACCUACUGUAUUAUCUGGUCGUGAUAUGAUCGGCAUUGCGUUCACUGGAAGUGGGAAAACUCUCGUUUUUGUUCUGCCAUUGAUUAUGUUUUGCCUGGAACAGGAGACUGCGAUGCCUUUCAUGCGCAACGAGGGACCAUAUGGAUUAAUUAUUUGUCCGUCAAGAGAAUUGGCCAAACAGACUUACGACAUUAUUCAACAUUACACAAAGACUUUACGACAUGCUAAUUGCCCAGAAAUUCGUAGCUGUCUCGCGAUUGGCGGAGUUCCCGUAUCCGAAUCGCUGGAAGUGAUAAAUAGGGGUGUGCACAUAAUGGUAGCGACACCGGGCAGACUGAUGGACAUGUUGGACAAAAAGAUGGUCAAACUGAACGUUUGUCGAUACCUUUGCAUGGACGAGGCUGACCGAAUGAUAGAUAUGGGCUUUGAGGAAGACGUGCGAACAAUAUUCUCUUUCUUCAGGGGCCAGAGACAGACGCUACUAUUUUCGGCUACUAUGCCUAAGAAGAUUCAAAACUUCGCUCGUUCCGCGCUGGUAAAACCGGUGACGAUAAACGUAGGAAGAGCCGGCGCAGCUUCGAUGAACGUUAUUCAAGAAGUUGAGUAUGUGAAGCAGGAGGCAAAGAUUGUUUACCUACUCGAAUGCCUACAGAAAACAACACCGCCGGUAUUAAUAUUCGCCGAAAAGAAACAAGACGUCGAUGCGAUUCACGAAUAUCUGCUUUUGAAAGGUGUCGAGGCCGUCGCCAUUCAUGGUGGAAAGGAUCAGGAAGAGAGAUCGCGGUCGGUAGAAGCAUUCCGCGCCGGGCAAAAGGACGUUUUGGUUGCUACGGAUGUAGCGUCGAAGGGUCUCGAUUUCGCGGAUGUGCAGCACGUAAUUAAUUACGACAUGCCCGACGACGUCGAAAAUUAUGUCCAUCGUAUCGGAAGAACUGGUCGAUCCGGACGCACGGGAAUCGCGACGACGUUCAUAAACAAGGCAAACGACGAAUCCGUCCUGCUGGAUCUGAAACAUUUGCUGAUGGAGGCGAAACAGAAAGUACCGCCGUUCUUGCUCGAGCUUUGUUCCGAAAAUGAGAAGUACUUGGAGCUCGGAGACGAACGUGGCUGCAGUUACUGUGGUGGAUUGGGUCACAGAAUUACCGAGUGUCCGAAACUUGAAGCGAUACAGAACAAGCAGGCGUCGAACAUCGGUCGUCGUGAUUAUCUGGCCAGCAACGCCGCUGACUAUUGAUUCCAUACAGUUGAAAACAACAAAUUUUUAUGCAUCGAACCCCUCAUUUUUAGCGUUAGCUAUCAAAUGUAUGUGAAUCUGUACAGAUGUGUAAUGUAAUAGGACUGCCAAUUUAAGCGGAGUUAAUUAGAUUUUUAAUUAUUAAAAUGCGUUAAUACGAAA